AGGGAGGGUGUGAGAGGGAGGCGGAUAAAUGUGAGCGUCCACGUUGGAGCAGCCUCAUUCAACAAGGUCACACCAUGGAGUUCAGAGGAGCGUGCGUGCUGCUGGGAGUCCUGCUGCUCGUGAGCUGCUCGCUUCAGCAGAGUUCAACCAGGAGGAAGCCAGUGAAGAAAGCAACAGAAGCAACAAAGGAUACCGCAAUUGAGGACCUGCAGAAGCAGAUUAAUGACAUCGUCCAGGAGUUAAACCUUCUGAAAGAACAACAGGCCCUGCAAACAGUCUGUUUAAAAGGCGUGAAGAUCCACGGCAAGUGUUUCUUGGUCGACCCUGUGAGGAAGCGUUACCACACUGCCAGUGAAGACUGUAACUCCCUCGGCGGCGUCCUCGGUUCCCCCACGACCAGUGCUGAGAACGACCAGCUCAGAGACUACAUCCGCCAGACCAUCGGCCCGGACGGGGAGGUCUGGAUGGGCAUCAACGACAUGAUGACCGAAGGCAGCUGGGUGGAUCAGACCAACUCCGUCAUCACGUACAAAAACUGGGACAAGUCCAACGGCAAGACCCAGCCGGACGGCGGCAUGUCCCAAAAUUGUGUCGUCCUGUCCGGGGCCUCGAACGGGAAGUGGUUUGAUGAGAAUUGUCGUGAUGAGAAGCCGUCCAUCUGCCAGUUCAACAUCGUCUGAUCACAUUUGUCUCAUCACAGACUCUGCGAUUGAUUAUAGCUGCUUUUUGUGUGUGUACUCCUGCUGCGAUGCCACUUUGCCUGCUAUUCCAAAAGGAGUUUAAGCCACUGGUUCCCUGCUGGUUUUUGCCUAAUCUGGAAAUCUCACUCAAUCCCAUGGGAAGAUGUUAGUCUUUGACAAAAGUGACCUGCUGGUGUGUCAUUUGCAGCAUUCCUUGUGGUCACAACUGCAACCGAGAGGAACUGUUUAGAGUAAAUUAGAGUUUUGGAGACGAUCAGCCUGCAGUGAUUGUAUAAGCUUUUCAACAUCUUUUCUUUAAAACAAAUUUUCCAAUCAUAUCAAAAUAGAUAUAUUGGACAGAAUGAAACAAUCCUGUAAUAAGGGUAUGUGCAGGUACAUGCACCGUCCACAAAUGUAAAAAUUGGGAGUAAUUUUCCAUUAUUUCCACAUCUCAGUCCCAUGACUCGCAGGUUGAGAACCACUGGCAUAAACUUCACAACUUAUAUAUCUCAAGUACAAGGUUCACAUGAAGCUACAAUCAUGUCUGAUACUGCAUUUGUUUUAACAAUAUAUCUUCAGUUGAGUAACCUUGCACUCUUUCACCUGAUGUAACCUGUAACAAUAUCAUUAAUAAACUAUGAUUACCCAUU